UACACCCACAAAGCCCACCAAAGAAAAAUACACUCCUCCACAACCUCCCCAAAACCUCACAGUCUCACGGCGUCGCCUUCCGUUCCCGCCGUUCACCGGAGCAUUAGAACCACAGAGUUCCGGCGAGUAUGGACUUAGACGACCUCGAAGGGCCGAGCAAGCCUGCUCGGGUCUCCAGGUUCAUGCCCCGGUCCAAAAACGCCCCACCGAAACCGAAACCCGAACCCGCCGUCAAAAAGGAACCUGCAAAACCGGUCCCAAACUCCGAGCCGGAACCGCCGCAGCUGCUCAAGCCCAAGCCGGAAGCACUCGAUGACGUGGCGGUUCUCGCAGUGCCGGAGAAGAAAGAAGAGAAGCAAGAAGAAGGCGCCAAUGGAGAUGAUUCAAAUGGCGCCGUGAAAAUGGACACCGAUGGAGAAGCGAAGGAGGACGACGAUCCUAUGGAAGAAGACGACGCUGAAGACACCGUCGUUCGUGAAAUUGACGUCUUCUUUAACCCUAGGGUCGAUUCCAACACUCAGUUGUACGUUUUGCAAUAUCCUCUGAGGCCUCGGUGGCGGCCGUACGAGUUGGAGAAUCGGUGCGAGGAGAUAAGAGUGAAACCUGCCACUGCUGAAGUGGAGGUGGAUUUGUCUCUAGAUGUUUACUCGAAGAAUUGUGAUCAAGAGUUUGCUGACAGGCUCAAAAUGACAAAGCAGACUUUGGCUACAGAAUGGGAUCCCUGCCGUUCAACCGGCUAUGCCGUUGGGGUUUUGAUGGGCAACAAGUUACACUUGAAUCCUGUUCAUGCAGUUGUGCAGCUCCGACCAUCACUGGAGCAUUUAAAGCCUGGUGGCUCAAAAAGGAAGGGCAAGGCCACAGGGGAUGCAGAAGUUACAGUUAAAAGAGAGAUUUAUAGUGAGGAAAGAUCUUUGGCUCCAUCAAAGAAACAGAACAAGCGUGUGGAGUCCUCAACUGAAGAUGAAGAGAGUUGGGUUCCACUUGAGUACCAGGGCUCAGAAAGUGAUUUUUCAGCUAGAUAUUUAAAAAGAAUGGUGGUACAAGAAAGUUCUCCUAUAGAAUUUACAAUGACUCCGUAUGACUAUGUUAACUCUUUGUGUCCUAGAACGUGCAAAGGCUCUUCCAAAAGGGCUCUGCUAAACCUGCCUCUGGAGGAGCGUAUCCAGAAGUUGCUUGUUGAGGAACCUAUAGCUCGCCGGUUCAGUGAUCUUAAGAAGUACUAUGCUCCUCGUAACCAGGAAAAAGAACUUUUGGAUGUCCUUCAAAAGCAUGGUCUAUUGCUGCGUGAUCUCUGGGUUCCAAAAACUGCAUUGCUAUAUCCCAAGAAAGAGGGUUCGUCUAGAAAGAAAGAAGAUGACAAUCUGCGUACAGCUAGAAAUUACAUUCUAAAUUCAUUCUGGAAGAACCCUGUAAUUAGUCAUUCAGAACUAAACGUCUACCCACCCCUAAAGCCUCAUUUUGACAAUACCUUGAAAGUCUUAGCUGUAUACAGACCUUCGACUCGAGAUUGGAAAUUUAAAGAGCAAUCAGACGUGUCAUUUGCAGAACUCUAUCCAGAGAUUUCUGAAAGCCAGGAACAGAUCUGGGAAAGGAUGGAUAAACAAUUGGUGGAAGCCCUUAAGCCUCACCGUGAUAUGAAGAAUGCUAGCAUGAAUAGUAAGAUUGGGAAAUCACCAAAUUCUGAUAAAGGUCCUAGUAAAAGUGCAAGUGGAGUUCCCAGUGGAGGAGUGAGAACCAUGUCAGAUGAAACCCGAGCAGCUCUACCUGAUGCCAUCAAGGAAGUUCUUCAGAAACACAAGGUUUGCAACUUUCAGCUGAUAUGUGAUGGAUUACGUAAUUUGACAGUCGACAGAAUGCAGCAUCCAAAAGUUGAUCCUAAGAGUAAAAAGUUAACAGCUGCAAGGAAUGGCCUUGAGGCUCCUCCAGAAGAGCUGCAGAAAGUCAUAACACAAGUUGCAGUGAACAUUCAUGGUUCAUAUGUCCUGAUAUCAUCGCCAGACCACCCAGAGCAUGACCAGUUAAGGGAUGUUGUAAUUAAACUUCUACAAGGUAAGAAUAAAGGGCCACUUAAAAAGCUGGAUGUUACUAUAGCUGCUAAGGAGGAACUUGGGAGGGAAAUCAGUAAUAAUGAAUAUAGCAAGGUCAUGACUGAACUUUGUGUGUCUAAAGGUUCUCAAUGGUACCUGAAAAGUGGGGAUGGCGGGCCGAAAUAAUACUGGAGAAACUGAUGAUUGAAUUGAUGACAUUAUUUUUUCGCGGUUCAAGGAAACUACAUUGUAGUUUUAUGUUUAUGGCGACACUAGUGUGUGUGGACGCACUUUGAUAUAUUUAAAGCUAUGAAUGUUUUCUUUGA